CCUGAACGUUAUUUUUAUUAUUUUCUCACUUCUUUUUUAUAUGUUGAUAAAAUGGAAUAUACUUCAACACCUUUAGAACAUAUAAGAUCACCUACAUUAGAAGCGCUUUGUCAUGACUUGGAUAUGUUUAUUAACGAACUCAGUGUGAAUAACCGAUCGCAAGAAUCCAUCUCAAACGACACUACUCAAAAACACAGUAGAGACAUAGCCCCACUUGAACUAACCAAACCAUUGAGAGACUAUGAAGACGACUCAAGCCCUAGCUAUUCACCUGUAUUAGACAGUUACGCAAGAUUAAGUGCCUAUGCACCGCCACCUUCAACAACAGCACCAUCAAUCAACAAGUCUGAAGUCUCCCCAGCCUCAUCCACACUUUCUUCUCCGAGAAUAAAUCAUACGCCUCCCAUGUCACCUUCAUUUUUAAGGGUAGGAAGUCCUAGCAACAAUGACUAUUUUCGCCAAAUGCCUCAGCCUGAAGACUAUCUUGUUACGACCAGAUCAAGUUCAUUAAGCCGUGCUAUGUCGUCUUCUUCGGGAAAAUCGAUUGUACAACGUAUACCUCCCUCACCCAACAAACACCAAUUCUUUAGUAACCCUACUUCGCCUCUUGCAUUCGAGAUCACAUCAAACCAUCAAGACCAUCAAGUCGAAAUUGAGUUUCCUAAUCAUGCUUUAUUAUCUUAUAUGGCAAGAGAACUUAUUCGAGAAGUCGCUCUCUUAAAUGAACGUCGACGAAUUUAUUGUUCUGUGGAAUAUCCCCUUAGUUUUACAGGGGAAGAAGUGAUGGACAUUGUGCGUGGAUUCUCUACACCAGGUUUAGGCGAUCCACUUUACUUGGAUAUCGCACAAACAUUGAUGUACUGCAAACCCCCUUUGAUUACGCCCAUUGAUUCAUCUGAGAAAUCGAUUCGUAAAAACAAGAUUUAUGAUUCACCAACAGAAACCUAUACGCUGGUUGAAAGCUCAUUAGACAAACAGAUCCAUGGUGUCUAUACCCCUCUGACUCGCUGUUAUUCCAUGAGUUGUUUGCCUGGUCAACCAGGUUGUUAUUCUGCUUCAUGUCCCAACAAAAUCUAUAGUCUGAAUGGCACUAUCUUUAAGAAACCAGCCAAAUCCAUCCUGUCUUCUUCUUCUCAUGACACAACACUUUCACGUGCUUGGUCAGCCACUGUAUCCAAAGAUAUUUUGAAAUCCAUGCCAGAGGAUGAAGUCAAGCGACAAGAAGCUAUUCAUGAAAUCAUUUAUACAGAAGAAGAUUAUGUGCGUGAUUUGAAGAUUUUGGAUGUGGAUUUUGCUCAGGAAUUGUUAGCUUCACAAUGUAUUGAAGAAGGCCGUAAACAAGCCUUUCAUGACAAAGUACUCAACAACUACAAGGAAAUUCUCGAGAUCCAUGACGCGCUUUAUAAAGAAUUACGCGACCAUCAAGAAGCUUGUCAGGCCACCAAUGGCAUUGGUUUAGUAGACAAAGUAGGAGAUAUCUUUUUACGCCAUGUACCUCGUUUUAUUGAUGCCUAUAUGCGAUAUGGUCCACAUGUCGUCUUGGCUGAAUACGAAGCAAAACUAGAAGCAGAGAACAACAUGGUCUUUAAGCACUUUAUCAAAGCACGCGAACAAUUGGCGCAAUGUCGUCGCCUUCCUUUCCGCCACUUUAUUAUCUUGCCUGUCACGCGUCUACAACGUUAUUCGCUCCUGCUGGGUGCUGCACUCAAAAAGACACCCGAAGAUAAUCCAGAUAAAGUGUAUUUAGCAGAAUGUAUUGACCUGAUUAAGCAUGUAGCCGAGAAAGUGGAUGAAGGGACGUCCAUCACCAAAAACACACUUCGUAUUUAUGAAAUCAAUAGUCGUAUACGCUACAAACCGGAUGAAUAUCAUGCUCUGGACCUCUUGAAGCCCGGUAGACGGUUGAUCAAGGAAGGCACCUUGACACGUAAAUCGCAUAUGGCGGUGGAAACCAUUGAACUUCAUGUGUUCUUGUUUGAUCAUCUGUUGUUGUUCACAAAAGCCAAGAAAUCAACGACCAAAGAGAACGAUGUGGAAUAUGUGGUUUCGAAAAAGCCUAUUCCUAUGGAACUCUUGCAUUUACAAGAAGCAACAGAAGGGUUCUCGAUUGGUUUGCGUAAUAUGAGCAGUACAUAUACUUCAACAUCCAAUCCAUUGUCUCCUAAUACGAUCUCUUCUUCUUCUUCGCCUUUUGGUUCCAGUUAUCCUAUUUUGGUGCAACAUUUGGGUCGACAUGGCGCAGAUUAUUUAUUGUAUGCUGAAAGUGCUGCUGUUCGUGUGGACUGGAAAGAAAAGAUAGUACAGACAAAGGCUAAAAAAGAAGUAGAUCAGAUUGAUAAACGUGUGUUUGAAAUCAGAUCCUUAAGUGAUACUACAUUUGCAGGCACCAACAGUCCCUCUUCAGCACAUAACCAUGGCAAAGUGACCUGUACUGUGCCAUUCAUGGGUGCGACAGGCAUUCGUAUGAUUGCAGUGGGUACACAACAAGGCAUUUGGAUGGGAAUUGAAGGAGACACCAACACAAUCAAGCAUGUCUUGACCAUUUCGGAUGUACAACAGAUUGCUGUUCUUGAAGACCAUCAUAUCUUUUUGAUUUUAGCAGAUAAAACACUCUAUGCUUAUGCGUUGGAUGCACUUGUGCCUAAAGAUGCUUCACGUAAAAACGCUUCUGAUAAACCCCACCAAAAGAUUGCACAACACAUCACUUUCUUCCACUCAGGUGUCUGUAAUGGCCGCACAAUUGUGAUAGCCAUGAAGAAGCGUGGUGUAGACAGCCAUUUCAAAGUACUUGAGCCUGUCUGUGGUAGUUUGCGUGAUCCCAAAAACAGCAAGUUCUUUAACAAGUCUGGUUUGUUUGGUAAACUACCUUCCUGGUUUAAAUCGACCAUUGAAUUCUACAUUGGUACUGAAUCGUAUACCAUGCAUUUCCUCAAGGCACGCGUGGUGGUUGUCUGUGCCCGUGGAUUUGAGAUUAUCAACCUGGAUGCUUUGAACAUGAACCGCAACUUGCCUGAUGCGACUAACCCUGAUUUUGGGUUUGUGCAGCAACGAGGAGGAGACCUAAGACCUUUAGGCAUGUUUCGUUGUCGAGAACAUUACUUGUUAUGUUAUGAUCAAUUUGCGUUUAUGGUCAAUGUACAUGGUGGAUUUGUGAAAGAUGCACCCUUGAUUGAAUGGGAAGGUGUGCCUCAAUCUGUUACCUUUUAUUAUCCCUAUGUAAUUGGGUUUGAUGCUCGGUUUGUUGAAGUGAGGAAUGUAGAGACAGGUGAAUUGAUUCAAAUCUUGGCUGGUACACAUAUGCGCUGUUUACAGUUCAUUCAUCAUAAUAUUGCACCUGUGAUUCAUGGUUGUAUGGCACAUCCAUUUAAGCCUGAUUUUCAAUACAUAUUUCAACUUGUGGGUACUUUUGAACCACCACUUUAAUAUUCUAUUAUUCCUUUAUUAUUAUAAAAAAAAAAAAAAGAUUCUGUACUGCCAUGACCUCAAGAACAAAAACUCGGUUCCUGAUUGGGAAUCAUAUAAACUCCGCUUAUAGCUUGCGAC